CCUGGCCAUAUAUCUACAUAUACACAGGUAUAUGUGUAUGUUUUAUAUAAUUGCUCUCCAUUUGUUGAUAUCAAAGAGAGUUGAAGGAAAUGAAUUUUGAAACGUCACGGUGUGCUCCCCUACAGUACUGCCCCGACCCUUACAUCCAGCGUUUCAUAGAAACCCCAGCGCAUUUCUCUUGGAAAGAAAGUUAUUACCGAUCCACCAUGUCCCAGAGCACACAAACAAGUGAAUUCCUCAGUCCAGAGGUUUUCCAGCAUAUCUGGGAUUUUCUGGAACAGCCUAUAUGUUCAGUUCAACCCAUUGACUUGAACUUUGUGGAUGAGCCAUCAGAAAAUGGAGCAACAAACAAGAUUGAAAUUAGCAUGGACUGUAUCCGCAUGCAAGACUCAGACCUCAGUGACCCCAUGUGGCCACAGUACACGAACCUGGGGCUCCUGAACAGCAUGGACCAGCAGAUCCAGAAUGGCUCCUCGUCCACCAGCCCCUACAACACAGACCAUGCACAGAACAGCGUCACGGCGCCCUCGCCCUAUGCGCAGCCCAGCUCCACCUUUGACGCCCUCUCUCCAUCACCUGCCAUUCCCUCCAACACAGACUACCCAGGCCCGCACAGCUUCGAUGUGUCUUUCCAGCAGUCGAGUACCGCCAAGUCGGCCACCUGGACGUAUUCCACAGAGCUGAAGAAGCUAUACUGCCAAAUCGCAAAGACAUGCCCCAUCCAGAUCAAGGUGAUGACCCCUCCACCCCAGGGUGCUGUUAUCCGUGCCAUGCCUGUCUACAAGAAAGCUGAGCAUGUCACUGAGGUGGUGAAGCGGUGCCCCAACCAUGAGCUGAGCCGAGAAUUCAAUGAGGGACAGAUGGCUCCUCCUAGUCAUUUGAUCCGAGUAGAAGGGAACAGCCACGCCCAAUAUGUAGAAGACCCUAUCACAGGAAGGCAGAGUGUACUGGUACCUUAUGAGCCACCUCAGGUUGGCACGGAAUUUACCACUGUCCUGUAUAAUUUCAUGUGCAACAGCAGCUGUGUCGGAGGGAUGAACCGUCGUCCAAUUUUAAUCAUCGUUACUCUGGAAACCAGAGAUGGGCAAGUCCUGGGCCGCCGUUGCUUUGAGGCCCGGAUCUGCGCUUGUCCUGGAAGAGACAGGAAGGCGGAUGAAGACAGCAUCCGCAAGCAGCAAGUUUCAGACAGUACAAAGAAUGGUGAUGGUACGAAGCGCCCUUUUCGUCAGAACACACAUGGCAUCCAGAUGACAUCUAUCAAGAAACGAAGAUCCCCAGAUGAUGAGCUUCUAUACUUACCAGUGAGAGGCCGUGAGACUUAUGAGAUGCUGUUGAAGAUCAAAGAAUCCCUGGAGCUCAUGCAGUAUCUUCCUCAGCACACAAUUGAAACCUACAGGCAGCAGCAACAGCAGCAGCACCAGCACUUACUUCAGAAACAUCUCCUUUCAGCCUGCUUCAGGAAUGAGCUUGUGGAGCCCCGGAGAGAAACUCCGAAACAAUCUGACAUCUUCUUUAGACAUUCCAACCCCCCAAACCAGUCAGUGUACCCAUAGAACCCCAUUUCUGUAUUUGAGUGUGUGAGGUCAUUAUGUUUCCGUGUGUGUGUGUGUGUGUGUGUGUGUGUGUGUGUGUGAGUGUGUUUAUACCCAGCUCUCAUAAAUAGAACUUGAAGACAUUUUGGCUCAGAGACCCAACUGCUCAAAGGCACACAGCCACUAGUGAGAAAGAAUCUUUUGAAGGGACUCAAAACUUUACAAGAAAGUAUGCUUGCUGCAGAUUUUGUACCCUUAGAUCCAGCAUUGGUUGGACAGGAACCACUGUUGUGUAUGUUUGUGAGCUUUUUGUUGUUUCCUGGGAGGGAGGGGAUCAGGUGGGGAAAGGGUAUUACAAUGUUUAUAAGACUCCUCUUCUGUUGCUUUCUGUUGUAUUUCUAAAACUCAUAAUGAAGCUUUUGAGCAGGUCUCAAACUUAAGAUGUCUUUUUUUGAAAAGGAGAAAAAACAAGUUAAUGUCUAUUAAUUGUUAUAAAUUGUAGUUGACUGAGAAUCAGUCAGACUCUUUAGAUGCUGGUCAUGCAGUAAUACUGCAAGUAGUGAAAACUAAGAUGUCAAAUGUACUGCUGGGCAGAGUGGUAUUUACUAUAACUAGCUAGUAUUUGGGGGGCAUUCUUUUCUUCUUUUACAGAACCUGCAUUAUUAGAAUCCUCUCUUCAUAUAUAGGUAGAAGUUAAUUAAUGCUGUCAAAUCCUAUCUCUGCUACCAAAUAUUAAUGUCUGAUAUAGCAGUCUUAUUUACAUAUGAAACCUUAGAGUUCUGUGCCCAAAACUGUUGUGUAGAUCCCAAAGCAGGGAAACUAAUUUUGUGGUGUAAAUAGAAAGAUAAAGCCAACCCACUAGUAAUUCCCUACAUACUAAUUUACCAUUGUUAAAGACCCCCAAAGUAGUUCAAAGUUCUCUCACCAAAUCUAUGGUUCAUUUGUUUAAUUGGAGCUCUAGGCCAUCUCUUUUGCCUAACAUAAAACCAGCCAGAUUAUGAUACUGUUUAGUACAUUUAUCCUGGAGAAUUAGGUUGUAAUUAAGUGACUUCUAAGCAGACACAUGGUAAUAUCAAUUCCCCUGGACUAGAAAUUAUAGAUAGAAAAAAUAAAUGACUUUUGUUUUCCUUUUUAUUUCUAACCCAAAGAGUUUACAGAAUCUCUGUUUCUUUCCAUUUUAAAAACACUUUAUAAUAAUAAUGUAAAGGCUUAAAAAUCCUGCCUCUCCCCCAUCUUCCCACACCAGAUCACCAGCACUUCAUUCUCUGUCACCAGGACAAUGAUUUCUUGUUAUUGAGGCUGUUGUUUUAUGGAUGUGUGAUUUUAAUUUUCAAUAAACUUUUGCAUCUUGGUUUAUCUCAAAG